CGAUGUUAAUGUGUGUUUGCUACAUAGCCGGAUGGAGAGAGAGAUGCUGAUGCUGAUGUGCAAAAUGGCGCAAGCUCACUCGACCCCUUUGAGCCACAAAUUCUUCUAACUGGGGACAUAAGUGUUUAGCUGUUGGUUUCGUUCGCUUUGACCUGGUUUCUUUUUUUUUGUAUUCUAAUAUUUAAUUUCAAGGUGCUUAAAUGGUUUCGAAACGGUGCUACCUGUCUUGUGGGGCACUUGGAUUACUUCUGACCGCUUUAGUGGGGUUAGUGCUGACCGCAAAGCUCGCUUUUGCGGUGGAACCCAGUGACAUCAUUGCUGUCCAGGAGCAGCCUUUGAUGCUUCACUGCCAAGUGGAUGGCAUCCAGCCAAUCACAACGUCGUGGAGGAGAAACGGUGUGCUCCUAUUGGACGGUGAGAACAAUGACAUGUUUGUCAACGGAUCGCUGGUGAUCACCAGGUUCCAGAAGACGAAGGCCGACGGGUCCUCGGAUGAAGGGGACUAUGACUGCGUCGCCCAGAACCACUUUGGGCUGGUGGUCAGCCGGAAAGCAAAAGUGCAGGCUGCAACGAUGGCUGAUUUCCACGUCCACCCCCAGUCGGUGCAGGUUGAGGAGGGGGGAGUCAGCCGCUUCCAGUGCCACAUUCACGGCCUGCCUGAGCCGGUCGUCAGCUGGGAGAAGAACGGGGUGCCGGUGGACACAGACAACGAGAGGUACACACUCUUACCCACCGGCGUGCUGCAGAUCACAGGAGUCCGAGCCGAGGACAACGGGAUCUUCCGCUGCGUUGCCGCCAACAUCGCCAGCGUCAAGCGUAGCCUGGAGGCCAGGCUCACUGUAUCAGGCUCUCAGUCAGCUGUUUACAAAGAACCCAUGAUUCUGGUUGGCCCCGAGAACCUCACACUGACGGUUCACCAGACCGCCAUAUUGGAAUGCGUUGCUACGGGAUACCCGCGACCCAUCGUGUCCUGGAGCCGGCUGGAUGGCCGCCCGAUUGGAGUGGAAGGCAUCCAGGUGCUGGGCACAGGGAACCUGAUGAUCUCUGACCUCACAGUGCAGCACUCUGGGGUGUACGUGUGUGCGGCAAACAAACCCGGGACCCGUGUUCGAAGGACUGCUCAGGGUCGCCUCGUUGUGCAAGCUCCUGCGGAGUUUGUGCAGUCCCCGCAGUCCAUCUCCCGGCCGCUGGGCACCACAGCAAUCUUCACAUGUGUGGCACAGGGAGAGCCCGCCCCCCAGCUCACCUGGCUGAAGAACGGGCAGAUCCUGGAGACCAGCGACAACGUCAAACUGAGGAACAACAACAGCACCCUUACUAUCUAUGGGAUUAGCCUGGAGGAUGAGGCUAUUUACCAGUGCAUUGCGGAGAACAGCGCGGGCUCCACCCAGGCCAGCGCCCGGCUCACUGUGCUCUGGGUGGACGGGUUACCCAGUCCCCCUCGAGACGUGAAGGCUGUGACGGCCUCCUCCACUGCCAUCCAGGUGUUGUGGAGCCAGCCCCUGCAGAACACACAGGAGAUCAUCGGCUACGUGCUGCACAUCCGGAAAACCAUAGAUCCCAUUGAAAUGGAGUACCAGGAAGCUGUUAGUAAAAGUACUUUCCAACAGUUGGUGUCUGACCUGGAGCCUUCCACCAGCUACACGUUCUACGUGAAGGCCUACACCUCCCGCGGAGCCAGCAAGCCCUCGGAGACGGCCACAGAGAAGACGCUGGGGGAAGUUCCAGCCACCCCAUCGCUCUUUAUUAAGGUUUUAAACAGCACAUCAAUCCAGGCCACAUGGGAGCCCUCUAUUAAGCUGGGCAUGCACAGGGGCUUUAAGCUGUAUUACCGCAAAGUCCACGUCUCGCACUUCACCGGUCCGCUGCGGCUGCCCAGCAACAUCACGUCCUUCAACAUCACCCAGCUUGACCCCUCUGUGGUGUAUGAAGUAAAGCUCCUUGCUUUCAACCAGCACGGAGAAGGGAACUCCAGCGUGCGCUUUGUAUCCCUGCGAGACACCGUCGAGCGCUCAGUGCUGAAUACCCCCUGCAACUGUGUAAAAGAUGAACAAAACAAAACUUCAACCACAGGCAUCAUCAUUGGGAUUCACAUCGGAGUCACCUGCAUCAUCUUCUGUGUCCUGUUCCUCAUGUUCGGAUAUCGUGGAAGGUUGCUCAUGUGUAAGAACGCACAGGAUCACUUGGCCACGCCUCAGGUCACCCGCAAUCAGACCAGGAGCUCAGCAGGGCUGGUGCUGAACAGAGUGUCGCGGAGGGACCUCGAUGAGACUGGAAACACUGGGAACACUGGGAAACAACCUGCCGAUACCAACGAGCUAGAGAGGCUGUUCCCAGGGACCCCACUCCGAGAACAGCCUGACAAAGGGAACGAGACUGACAACAUCCCUGUCACGUUGCACGACGAGACACAAAUCUCCACCCUCCCGCUAGACGAAUUCAGCAUCACGGAAGAACGACAGCUGCCGAGUGAGAGUGCUCCAGUAGGGGGCGCCACCUGCCCUUCCCAGAACCACCUCCAUCGAACCGAGGAACAAGGAUGAAUGCCAAGUUUUAGAACGCCUCUUGUAGAAUUCUUAUUAACAGUCUCAGGUCAACUGUAUGCUUCUUUUUUUAUUUUGAUUUUUUUGAAGGAUUGAUGCUCAAGCUGCCCUUGUAAUGCCGUCAGGUCAGGUUUUUAUCAUUCUUGUCAGACUCGGGCCUUUUAUCUUCUUUCUCUUAUUUUCUUUUGUUCUUAUGAAUGAUAAGAUGCUGUCAUAUUGGACAGAUGGACGUUUCUCUAUCGCUGUCUCUCCAGAGGCUGGUUACAGGACACUGCUGUAAGGGACAACAGACCGAGAUUGCCAUCUUCAGCAAAGCCUGUUUGACAGACUUGUAGAUUUCAAUGAAUUAUUUAACGUUGACAGCCCAGUACCUACACUUGUAGGCCUUUUAAUUUUAGAAAAGGAACUUAAAGUCUUGCCAAUAAUCUACCAAUGAUUCCACACGAGGGGGGUCCAGAAGAGGCCUGCUCCAGGGAGUUCUCAGGAUUCUUUUUUUUACUGUAAAGUUGUUUUUUUUUUUGCUCAGCUAUGUCAACGGUUUGCCCUACAUGUAGGCUAUUAUAGCCUUGGCUAUCAACCCUUAGGAUGCUCAAUAUGAACCUACCUCAGCCGGAAAUGAAUGUCUUCUGGGAAGCCACAGCUGUUCUGUCUUCCUUGUUUUUCAACGAAUAUCAUAUCACUUGGUCUGUACUUGUUUAGUACUACCACAAAAAAAAAAAAAUCCUUCUGUUACACACCUGCUACAAAAUAUUUCCAACGUAAGCACUUCCUAACACUGAAGGCAAUGUUCUACCUCAAGUUUUUUUUAAUUCUUUCUUUUUUAAUGUAUUAUAAAUUAUGUAUUAUAAUGUUUUUGUCGGG